CUGGUCGCGUGUCAAGUCGUUUACGCGUGGUGGUCUGGCUUAUAAUAUUUCUUAUCCAAAUCUUAUCAAGUACUUUCUGAUUUUGCCACUCCGGUUCGACUAGUCAUAUUUCCACGACUCACCAUUUGAAUCGCAACGUCACGCUUUCAGCUUUCAUCCAUAAACACCUCGGCAAGAUCGUCAUUCACACAUAAUGGAGGCGGAGAGGGUACUCAAUUUUGGGGCAGGACCCUCGGCACUGCCAGCAUCUGUCUUACAAGAAUCUGCCAAAGGGCUAUGGAACUUCGAAGGGACCGGUAUAGGGGUGGCCGAAAUCUCGCACCGCUCGAAGGAGUUCGUCAGCUACAUAACCAGAGUCGAGAGCCGCAUCAGGACCCUCCUUGAUGUACCUCACACGCACACAAUCUUGUUCACUCAAGGCGGUGGAACCGCUCAGUUCUCUGCGGUCGUUUUGAACUUACUGGCAAGACACCGGCUACUUUACCCAAACCUUUCCGAUGAUGAGCGCAUCCUGGACUAUGUCGUUACGGGCUCCUGGAGCAAGAAGGCAGUUGAAGAAGCCGCUAGGCUCGGCGGGAGCAGAAUCAACAUUGUCGUCGAUGCACGCCAGCAUUCCAAAGACCAGAAGUCUUUCGACAACAUCCCCUUCCAUGAUUCAUACACAUUCUCCUCCGAACCAGCACUCAUCUACUACUGCGAAAACGAAACUGUAGACGGCGUGCAGUUCUCUGAUGACCCUGGCUCACCAGCUUCCUUCCCAUUCGUUUCACUCAAGAGUGAUCACCUUCCUCCACUUGUUGGAGAUUACUCUUCCUCGUUUAUGUCUCGUCCCAUACCUCGUCUGGCCGACCACGCUAUCAUUUACGCUGGUGCACAGAAAAACGUCGGCCCGGCUGGCCUCACUAUACUUAUUGUCCGGAACGACUGUAUCGUGGACGUGGAUGCAGCUGCUAAGCUUGGUGCAGCACCGAUUCCCAUUAGCAUGUCGUACAAAACGCUUGCGGGCCACGGGGCACAUGGCUUCGCAUGA